AUGAACCAUCGUACGCAAUUGAAAUUAAAAGAAGAAAACGGCGAUCAUCUGGUGUCGAAAUAUCUGGAAUGCCACGAAAAGCUCGACGAUCACGAGCCUUCCCACCAAAACGCCAGUAAAUUGAUCGAAGAAGCUUGGAUGAGAGAUAGAGUCAGUUUUCCAGUGUCCUACACAUACUCUCUAGGAUAGGUAAAGUAAUCUCGAAAUUCCUUAGUGGGCUUUUUAGAAGCGCUUUUUUUACUGUUUGAUUAAAAAAACUAUUCGUUUAAGAAUUAUUCUUUCUGAAAGAUUGCAGCAUAAUUGAAACCAGCUUUUUUCAGUAGCUCUAAUAUUUGAAACUGGAACAUGAAGUUCAAAAAAACAUUUCCGAAUACCGUGUGUUUGAUAUUUAUCGUGUUCUUAUUGUGCGUCUGAAGAAAUAAUUUAGCAGAAUGCGCCAGCCAUUCAAUCCUUUGUCUCGAAACACAAUCACACGCCGUUUUCUGUUGCUGACGUUAACAUUGUCAAUGGUGAGUUAACGCUUUUCUCCAACUUUUUAGGAUAGAAAUCAUAGUUUUUCAGCGAUGAGCCACUGUUCUCCCGACGAAAUCGCUGAUUUGAUUCGAGGAAUUCAUAACUCCGUUUACGCUCUCGGAAUUGAAGAAGGUCGUUUUUUAUUCUCAUUAUUACGUCGUAUCUAUAAGUUUGCAACUUUUUAGACAAUUACGUUGAAGUGAAGUUCCAAGGCAAGGAGUUUUCUAUUUAUUUCAGCUCGCCAGUUCCGCAGAUCAAAAGUUUUGGGAGUUUUGAAGCCUUCUUCUGAACCGCCUAAAGCGAAAAGUUCGAGUCUAUAA